GGGCUAUACGCGCAAGUGGCGCAAAGAACCCUGAGUACGUCGGAACGUAUGUUUUCCUCAAUGACUUCCCUGCUUUGGACCAAAUGGAUGAAGAAUUAAAUAAUACUGGUUCUUCACCUGAUUCUGAUCCACUAUUUGCAUGGAGCCCUGCAAAAGGGGAGUGUAAAGUUAUGUGUUUUCACCCUCGAUCCGAACUCCAUUUGGCUUCUAUGUCGACAGAUGAUAUCAAACAAAUAAUCGAUUGUUGGUGCCUUUUGACACAAGAAUAUGCUUCUGAUGGGCGUUUCAAAUGGAUUCAAAUAUUUGAGAAUCGUGGAGAGCUUAUGGGCAGCUCUAAUCCCCAUCCACAUUGUCAGGUAUGUAUUGAUAUUGAUAUUUCAAAAAAGAUAAAACAACUGCUAUUAAUCUUUACGCCCAUAAGUUUAAGUACUUUAUACAUUAGUUUUCUGCAAAAAAAUUAG